CAGUGACGGUUACCCAUCAGGCAGCGCGGCUCCGAGAAGAUGAGGCAAGAUGGCGACUAAAAUAAGCAAAGAAGGUCCCCCUCCUUUCGAUUGUCCGUCAUGGGCAGGCAAGGCGCCCCCUGGCCUCCAUCUAGACGUGAUGAAGGGAGACAAACUGGUGGAGAAACUGAUCAUAGACGAAAAGAAGUACUACCUGUUCGGGAGGAACCCUGACUGGUGUGACUUCACCAUCGACCACCAGUCGUGCUCACGUGUCCAUGCUGCCCUGGUCUACCACAAACACCUGAAAAGGGUCUUUCUCAUAGACCUCAACAGCACACACGGUACUUUCCUCGGCCACAUCCGUCUAGAGGCACACAAGCCUCAGCAGGUUCCCAUAGACUCUACAAUAUCUUUUGGGGCCUCAACACGGACCUACACCAUCAGAGAGAAACCCCAAACUCAAGGCACUGCUGGUACAGGGGACAGUAAGGCGGGAGAGGAUGAGGAGCUGAAAGGGCUGCUUGGACUUCCAGAAGAAGAAACAGAGCUAGAGAACCUGACAGAGUUCAACACAGCUCACAACAAGCGCAUCUCCCUGCUGACCAUCGAAGAAGGCAACCUUGAAAUCCAGAGGCCCAAGAGAAAACGGAGGAACUCGAGAGUUACUUUUAGCGAGGAGGACUCCGUCAUUAAUCCAGAGGAUAUAGACCCGUCAGUCGGACGCUUUAGGAAUAUGGUGCAGACUGCUGUCAUCCCCAUCAAGAAACGGAGAUCAGAGGGCCAAAACACCCUGGGUCUUGAUGACCUCACUUCAAAACGUUUCCACGGCUACAGCUUGGGCGGGGGUCUCUAUGGCGACUUGCCCCCCACCAGUCAUGAGAACCAGCCAACUGGAGCUCCAGGAGGUGCUGCAAUGCAGGGAGGACUUCCUCUGCCCUUCCCUAAUCCAGCACCAGAGGUGGACCUGGCCCCAGAGGCUCCCCAGCCACCUGUCACCCUCAACCCCACCCCUGUCACAGCCCCCUACCUACCAGAGACACACAAUGAGCCACGCAAAAAGAAAUAUGCCAAAGAAGCUUGGCCGGGCAAGAAACCCACCCCUUCACUACUCAUCUAACUAGUUUCUUAAAGCUGCUGACUUUCAGGUGACCAGUAGUUCACCAGGGACUGUGACCUGGCAGAGGUGGAGUCAAUCACUUGCCCCCCCCCCCCCUUUUUUUUUUUUGUAAUUCCUGUUACUCAUUGUCAUCAGAGAGGCAUCACUCAAUUAAACUGGGUUGUGUUACAAGAUGUUAUCUACCUUACAAAGUCAGCAGUUGAUAUUUUGGUGGAGAAGCAGCUCAAUAUUUUUGACUGAACACAAUUCACCGACUUGGCACAGUGACCAUUUUAUUGGCAGUAAAAUAAACUUGACUGAGUGACAGGCUACAAGGAUAUCAAGAGUCACCAAAUUAUGUAUUUGAUGUGAUUGAUGUAAAAAAAAAAAAAGGAUAAGGUUUUCUACUUAACAUAUUUCAGCAGUUUUUCACUCCUUCAAUAUUUUGAUAAUGCUAUUAAACAUAUGGCUAAAAGUACUUUUGUAUGAAAUAUUUUAUCGUGAAAUUCAGAUGGGAGUCGGUCAUCAAAACACAGGGCUGCAUUUUACUUUGUAAACUUCUUGAUAUAUCGUGAUAAAGUGUUGUAAGUCACACUCAUUGUAUAAGGCCGACAUGACACUGAAAGAAGCAUCUUGCAUUUGUCUAACAAGCCACUAUAUGGCGAAUUCACUGAGGCUUGUGACUUGUUGCACAGAACUUCACCUUGUCUAAAAGUAAUGUAUGGGGUCCCAUGAAGGUGGAACUUCAAGCUUCUAGUCGUUGAUUUGGAUUUUUCUGCGGAUAAAAUCCACUUAUCCUGCCCAGACAGUGUGUUGAUCAUAUUUGUCCUUACACUUUUUUCUAGCAUGUUGCCCUUUAUUCCCCCGCUGCAGUGAACUGUAAAUACAAAAACUUGUGUUGUUUUCUUACAUUGAUUGUUAAUUGGACAGUUGCUAAGUAGUAACAGAACUGAAUGGAUUCCAACACAGCCACAAAUAUGAUUUUUUCAGGAAAAUAAGAAGUUGGUGAAAACAAAGGUUUGCAUUAAUGGUUAUAUAAUGUUAACAUAUUUUACAUGCAACUGAGUCUCGUGCAGUGUAUGCAGAAUAUUGCUAUAUUUUCUUUUCCAAUACCAACCACAGAAAUAAAAUACAUACAUAGUUAACUGUGAACUAUUAAGUCAAGAGUUCUCAAAUAGUCCUUGCUGGUGUGCAUGGUUACUCUGCUCCUGCUCAAAACUGGUUGUUUGCACUCUCAACAGUCCUGCAUUUCAGUUUGUGUCCUCCUCCUGGCCCUCAGGCUGCUUCUGUGUGCGCUUGAAUCUUCUGCUCUUGGGUGUAUUUGAGAGAUUAGCCUGUCAAAAUUCCCCACAACAAUUUGUUUGCGACCAGGGAUUGUUUGACAGCGUUGAGGAUGUGAAUGGAGAAUGGAGAAUGUGAAAGGAAGAAAUAAUGUUCUCAAAAUGAAAGACCACGCUGUUGAAAAAAAGAUAGGAAAGACACUCCAUAGGAUAUUAAACUUCGAAGUAUCAAGUUUAGUGUAAACCUGAUUAGGCAAUUAUGCAAGAAAGACGGGUUGAGGUAGAAGAAGAGGCAGCCAAUCACCCAUAACAAUGCACUGCUUUCUGAGGAGGGCAGUUUUCCAUAAUGAGCAAGUGGACAUUUCACAGGAUCUUCAAAUACAGGAAAGAAUGAAGAUCUGGGAUCUUUAAAGGAAGACCGUGUUGAAUUUUUACAAACUGUACUGGUGACUUCUUUUUCCUUGUGGGCCUGUGGAUUUUGUAAUCAUAUGACUGUAAAUAAAGAAAUGACUCCC